AUGGCGGACGGGAAGCCCUCCGCGCAAACAGAUGGCACGAAGCGAAAAGCGCUGGACAUUUCUACCAAGCGAGCCAUUCUAAACGAGCUAGCUCAAGGCGCUAAAAACUGCGAGCUGGUUAAGAAGUACGGCGUGUCCAAGUCAACGAUAUCAACGAUUCUAAAGAAUAAGGACAAGAUAAUCAGUGCCGAUGCCAACUCGACGGACAGAAAGUGCCUGCGGAGGGCCAUCUACUCGGACAUGGAGGAAGCGCUUCUGAAAUGGUUCGUCGACGCGCGGGCUCAAAACAUUCCGAUAAGUGGUCCUAUGAUGCUGGCCAAAGCGAAAGACUUCGCAUUUCUGUUGGAUUUUCCCGACUUCUGCCCAGGAAAUGGCUGGCUACAUCGGUUCAAGGUGCAUCAUGGCAUUGUUUUUAAAUCGAUUGUCGGUGAGGCGGCCUCGGCCAGCGACCAAGACGUUGCCUCGUGGCUUGAAGCAAAUAGAGACACUAUUUUAAGCUAUGCGGAGCAAGACGUCUAUAACGCAGACGAAACUGCGUUAUUCUACCAGAUGCUGCCAGGAAAAACGAACGCCAUGAAAGGCGACACAUGUGCUGGCGGCAAGCACAGUAAAGUGCGCGUCACAGCGCUUUUGUGCACUAACAUGGAUGGCAGCGACCGGCGCGUGCCCGUUGUAAUCGGUAAGUCAAAGAAGCCGCGUUGCAUUCGGGGCUAUGUGCCUGUGCGUUACAGCCUCUCUCACGGCAGUGACCCUGCUUUUCCUGCCACCCAACACAACGUCGAAAUUGCAAAUGCUUGA